AGCGAGUGAGAAGUGAGACCUCUCGCUCUUCUCUUCGAUUACUCUGCGAAUCUGCGCUGUUGCAUGGCUUUGAGUAUACAUAUAGACUCAUAUAUUCUAUACUCUCAUAUACCCUAUUUCUCUAUACUCAAAGUUGCAUGGUGCUAGGUGUAUGGUGAUUUGGUGACUAGCUUUGGUCAUUGGUACACAGUAUUGUACUCAUUCAACUGUAUUGGUGUCGAUUGGUGUGGUACGGUGGCAUGGUGUAGGGACGUAAGGUGUAGGUAAGAGUAGCAUGGAAAAAGAGUGAUAUCGAAGGAUAAAAAUAACGAAUAGUUGAAACGGGGGGUAGCAUUCGCUUACGAAACAAGAGGAAUCGUCUUGUACGGUGUUGAACGAUGGAUUCGAGCGAAGAAAAUCUUGUCGGUGGACGUUGAGGCGGAUCCUUUGGGCAAAGGCGAGCCGCAUAACCUAAAAAUUUGUUUUCCAUCGAAUCGAGGAAUUCGAACGAGUGAAUCAAGCCUGUCGAGGGCCGGCCGGCCGGCCGAUUUUUUGGAGGAUCUCGUCUGAUCGGAGAAAAGGAUUCGUUUCGCAAACAAUUCGCUUCGGACUCGUCGAUUUUAGUCGAUCGGUUCAGUGGAUAAUAUGAGUUCGCAGCAGAGUCCGGCAGCGUUGCAGUCCACGGUGGAUCGCGAAAAAGUUUACGCCUGGAUAAUCGAGUUAUCGAAUCCUGAGACGAGAGAGAACGCGUUGCUAGAAUUGAGCAAGAAGCGCGAGGUCGUUCCCGAUUUGGCGCCGAUGCUCUGGCAUUCUUUUGGUACGAGCGCGUCGUUGCUUCAAGAAAUAAUAAAUAUUUAUCCAGCCAUUAAUCCAGCCACACUUACUGCGUACCAGAGUAAUAGAGUCUGCAACGCAUUGGCACUUCUGCAAUGCGUGGCUAGUCAUCCGGAAACUAGAUCAGCAUUUCUACAGGCUCAUGUGCCGUUAUUCUUGUAUCCAUUUCUGCACACGGUCAGCAAGACCCGUCCGUUUGAGUACCUGAGGCUUACCAGCUUAGGAGUGAUAGGAGCAUUGGUAAAAACUGACGAGCAAGAGGUGAUUACCUUCUUGCUCACCACAGAGAUUAUUCCUCUAUGUCUGCGAAUCAUGGAGAGCGGUUCAGAGUUGAGCAAAACCGUAGCCACCUUCAUUUUGCAAAAGAUUUUGUUGGACGACAGCGGUCUGUCGUACAUUUGCCAAACGUACGACAGAUUCAGUCACGUCGCGAUGAUUUUGGGGAAAAUGGUACUGUCCUUGGCUAAGGAUCCUUCCGCCAGAUUAUUGAAGCACGUGGUUAGGUGUUACUUGCGCCUUUCGGACAAUCCAAGGGCGUUGCUGGCGCUCAGACAAUGCUUACCCGAUCAACUCAGAGACAAUACGUUCGCCACGUGUCUGCAAGAGGACGCCUCAACCAAGCACUGGUUGAAUCAACUGUUGAAAAAUCUGGAAACCGGGCCGCAACCCGGACCACCGGCGCAGCCCGGUCAGCAAGACCCCAGAACGAUCGGUAUGUCGCCGCUCGCCUCUUGAGCC